AUGCGUACUUCUCUCCGAGUACAGAACGCCUGCCCAGUCUGUGUAGCUCAGAGAGGCAUUCGAACGAGAAGGCAUACUCUUGGCAAGAAGCUAGCUCGUAGUGUCGAGCCUUGGGAGCUUAUGGGUCUUGAUUUAAUCGGUCCAUUCGUUCAGAGUGGUGUGAGACCGAUGGGACAUGAGUCUGUUAUGGCGAUCAUCGGUGUUUGUGCAAGCAGUGGCUUUAUAGUACAACGAAAGAUCGAGAACCAUUGUCCUGCUCACAAGCUCGUCGAAGGUCUCGACUCCAUCUUCAUGGAGCAUGGGUAUUGUUUGGGAGUGUUAUCAGAUGACGAUCAAAGAUAUCACUCCACUCCG